CAACUCUAACUCCAAGAGAAGUAUAAAAUUGACCUAGUUACUGAUCUGCUCUUCGUUCUCUUUGUGUUUUGUUUCCCUGUCUUUUUCAGCUUCCUUGGCUCUCGCUCUAUAGCAAAGAUGAGAUCUCCCCUAAGAGGACGUGGAAGAGGUGAAGGAAGUGCCAUGAGAGGUGGUGGAAGAGGUCCCAGAGGAAGAGGUCCGGGAGGAAGAGUGCCCGGAGGAAGAGGCCCUAGAAGUGAGCCCGGAGGAAUGAAGGGAGGAAACAAAGUGAUAGUGACUCCUCACAGACAUGAAGGAGUGUUCACUGGUAAGGGUAAAGAUGAAGUUAUUCUCACUAAGAACUUGGUUCCUGGUGAAUCGGUUUACAAUGAGAAGAGAAUCUCUGUGCAGAACGAAGAUGGAACUAAGGUUGAAUACAGAGUUUGGAACCCUUUCUGUUCUAAGCUAGCUGCCGCAAUUUUUGGUGGUCUUGAUGACAUUUGGAUCAAACCUGGCGCUAAAGUUCUUUACCUUGGUGCUGCCUCUGGAACCUCUGUAUCUCAUGUCUCUGAUAUUGUUGGACCUGAGGGGUGUGUUUAUGCCGUUGAGUUUUCUCCAAGAAGUGGAAGAGAUUUGGUGAACAUGGCAAAGAAGAGACGUAAUGUGGUUCCAAUCAUUGAAGAUGCUAGACAUCCUGCUAAAUACAGAAUGCUUGUGAGCAUGGUUGAUGUCAUAUUCGCUGAUGUUGCUCAACCAUAUCAGGAUAGUAGGUCUCAAUGCAUCUUCCUUUCUCAAAGCUGGAGGUCACUAUAUGAUCUCAAUAUAGGCGAAUUGUAUAGACGGAACAAUGCCAGCAGAAACGGUCUUUUCAAACGAAGUGAAGAAGCUACAAGCGGACGAGUUGAAACCAGCAGAGCAGAUUACUCUUGAGCCUUAUGAGCGUGACCAUGCUUGUGUUGUUGGUGGAUAUCGCGUGCCUAGAAAGCAGAAAACUGCUACUGCUUCUUAAUUAGCCAAUCAGUCUUUUUACU